AUGAAGGAUAUGUUGAACCACUUUGCUAAAGGCAAAAUCUUCACCAAGCUGGACUUGAGAGAGGCAUAUUACCGCAUACGAAUACGAAAAGGGGAUGAAUGGAAAACCACAUUUAACACUCCCCUGGGAAGCUUCCAGUACAAAGUCAUGCCUUUUGGGCUACAAGGAGCACCCACAGUCUUCAUGCAGUACAUAAAUGAAGUGCUACAUAACCACCUGUACUGUGGAGUACUCAUUUAUUUAGAUGACAUCUUGAUUUUCUCUGAGACCCUAGAAGAACAUGUGAAACUGGUGCAGAAAGUCCUGAAAAAAGUUCUAGCUGCCAAACUGUACGCAAAAUUGUCAAAGUGUGAGUUCCACAAGACCUCGCUAGAUUACCUGGGGUAUCGUAUUUCCAACAAAGGAGUAGAAAUGGAUCCAGGAAAAUCCGCAUUGGCUGACCUGUUGCCAUGUCUAUUCCAAUCUAUGAAUAUCCGUACUCUCAUGCGAAUCAUGUUUCAAGAUGGGUUUGAUCUCCCCAUGGAGCCGUUAACUCUCCCGCUUUCCCUGGCAGGAGUGGAGCAGAUCAAGCAGGCCAAGGAAGCUGUCAAAGGGGAGAAGAUAGCCAAGCCGGAAGGGGUCUUGAUCAAGCGACGCCUUUCCACCCUGAACCUCGGCCAGGCCAUCUCGGUGGUGGGAGCCGCCAGCCCGGCUUCUCCCUCCACGGAGAUCCUGCAGGCCAAGCGGCGCCCGGAACCCAUCAUUCCUUCCACCCAGCCAAGGCUGGUGGGUGCGAGUGGCCGCAAGAAGAUUUUCCGCCUGAGCGACGUGAUCAAGCCUCUCACGGACACCCAGAAGGAGAAGCUCAAACUGGCCGCUGUCAAGCGGAUCCUGCGCUCCGAGAAGGCCGUGGCUUACAGCGGGGCGGCCCACGCCCGGGUGAAGAUCCUCUCCUCCCUGGUGACCCAGUUUGAGGUCCCUCUGAAGCAGGAGAUCUUGGCCUUCGUGCUGGACGACAUCCGCAACCGGCUGGACCUGGCCUUCGCCUGGCUCUACCAGGAGUACAACGCUUACCUGAGCCAAUACCCCACCGGCUCCCUCAGCAACUACGACGAGUGUCUCAUCGGCCUCCUCUCCGGCCUGCAGGAGAAGCCCGACCAGAAGGAUGGGAUCUUCACCAAGGUGGUUCUGGAGGCCCCCCUGAUCACAGAGAGCGCCCUGGAAGUCAUACGCAAGUAUUGCGAGGAUGAGAGCCGGACAUAUUUGGGCAUGUCGACCCUCCGCGAUCUGAUCUUCAAGCGCCCAUCCAGGCAGUUCGAGUACCUGCACGUUCUCUUGGACCUCAGCUCCCACGAGAAGGACAAGGUUCGCCAGCAAGCCCUCCUCUUCAUUAAGCGGAUGUACGAGAAGGACCACCUGCGGGAAUACGUGGAGAAGUUUGCCCUGAAUUACCUGCAGCUGCUGGUCCACCCCAACCCGCCUUCCGUUCUCUUUGGCGCUGAUAAAGAUACAGAGGUGGCCGCCCCCUGGACCGAGGAGACCAUCAAGCACUGCCUCUACCUCUACUUGGCCCUCCUUCCCCAGAACCACAAGCUCAUCCACGAGUUGGCGUCCGUCUACACGGAGGCCAUUGCGGACAUCAAGCGGACCAUCCUCAGGGUGAUCGAGCAGCCGAUCCGCGGGAUGGGCAUGAAUUCUCAGGAGCUGCUGAAGCUGGUGAAAAACUGCCCCAAGGGAGCCGAAACUCUGGUCACCCGGUGCCUCCACAGCCUGACCGAUAAAGUUCCUCCGUCUCCGGAGCUGGUGAAACGAGUUCGAGAUCUCUACAACAAGAGGCUCCCGGAUGUCCGAUUCCUCAUCCCGGUUCUCAACGGCUUGGAAAAGAAAGAGGUGAUCCAGGCUUUGCCCAAGCUCAUCAAGCUGAAUCCCAUCGUGGUGAAGGAAGUCUUUAACCGGCUCCUGGGAACCCAACACGGUGAAGGGAAUUCCACCGUUUCCCCCCUCAAUCCCGGGGAGCUCCUGAUCGCCCUGCACAACAUCGAUUCCACCAAGUGCGACAUGAAGUCCAUCAUCAAAG